GAAAGGGUUUAUGAGCGUAAAAAGGAAAAUCUUCAAAACCAUUUGGUUUCUUUGUUUUACUGCCCUGCCUGCCUACCUAUAUAAUCAAUACACAGAUUUAUUGAAAAUGUCGAGCUGAUUGUUAUUAUUCUUCUGAAAUUUCAAGGAAAAAAAGAUUCCCCUAUAUAUAUAUAUUUUUACAUUUGAUCUGAAGAAAUCUUGAGAUUCCAAAUGUUGGCUUCUCGCCAAGUGCUCGCUAGAGCCCUACUUCUCCGCAAUGUUAGACACUCCUCCACUGCUGCCGCUCUAGUUCAAGAUUACAUUGAAGCCCCACUAACUUACCUUGAAGGUUUCCCAAAACCCGAUCCUAAGCAUGCAGAGAUAAUCACAGCAAUUCCACGUGCAAUUUCUGGAAAAAAUAUAUCUGCUAAGGAACGGAAGGCUGGACGUGUGCCGAGCAUUGUUUUUGAGCAAGAGGAUGGUCAGCAUGGAGGUAAUAAGCGACUCAUAUCCGUUCAGAAUAAUCAGAUCAAGAAACUUGUGAAUCAUCUUGGUCGUUCCUAUUUCAUGUCACGCCUUUUUGAACUUGAGGUCCGGCCCGAUGUUGAUAGUGAGGAUAUUAUUGAGAAAGUUCGUGUAUUGCCUCGAUUGCUUCAUCUCCAUGCGAGUACAGAUGCAGUACUUAAUGUUACAUUCAUAAGAGCUCCCCCUAAUGCUAUGUUGAAGGUUGAUGUCCCACUCGUGUUUAUUGGAGAUGAUGUGUCCCCUGGGUUGAAAAAAGGAUCUUAUCUGAACAUUAUAAAGAGAACUGCAAAGUUCAUUUGCCCUGCAGACAUAAUCCCGCCCUUCAUUGAGGUAGAUCUAAGUGAGUUGGAUGCAGGUCAGAAGUUGGUGAUGGGGGAUCUCAAAGUUCAUCCUGCUCUGAAACUUGCUCGGCCCAAAGAUGAACCUGUUUGCAAGGUUGCAGGGGCAAGAGUUUCUGAACAAAAGAAGUCUAAGUAAUCACUUUUAUAUAAUAAACAGAUUUUUACAAAGCUUAGUUUAUUAGCGAUGUUAGUUGCCUGGUGCGCAAGCUUUUUGGUGCUUCCAGAUUCAUGGUCACAUUAAUCUAUGGAGCUUUCUGAAAACUUAAGUAGCAUGUAUUUUUUGUUAUAUCAUCGAUUGUUCUUUUCCUUUCGUAUCAGUAAAAAGACUUGAAUCCUUA